AGCAAAUGAAAACUCUUUAGGGGGAACUUGUUUUUUUGCAGGUUUCAAGUAGUUUCAAGGAAACUGCCGUGAAAAGAAGUAGCUUACAGUAAAAAAAAACCAAAACAGCACACGGGAAAGCGGUGCUGACGGGGGCACAGACCGCAGGGCAGAGGCCCACAGAGGUUCCCACGGUGACGUUUCAGACACGGAAUAUGAAACAGUUAUGUUUAAUUUGUUUUGAGACAUAAAAGAGAGGCUUGAACGUGGCUAAAGCAUAAGCAGAUUCGGAAAACAAACUAGAAAUGAAGAUACAAUGAACUCGGACGCUCGGGUCAGUUCCGCAGCAGGUCAGACGCAGCUGGAGGGAAUGAGUGACCCGGAAGGUGGAAGUAAAGCGCUCAGAGUACAACGCACAGAGACAAAAGGAGGGAAGCAGAGAUGAGAGAGCCUAGUGCCCCUGAGUUUGGGAAGGAGGAAAGAGGAAGGGCCUGAAAAUUUUCCUGGAGGAGGAGGAAAGCGACCACAUCUCAGUAAGGCACGGCUGCCGGCUCAGAGGGCCUUCCUGGCUCCCCCGGGACUGCUUGGCGUCAGAAGAGUCGAUGAUGGUGUGGAACACACCGAGCGUGACACCGCAGGAGCUGCAUUCACUGCGGCAUGUAUGGUCGUCAUGCCCAGUGAAUGGGGAGGAGGGGGCGCUUGUAUCGGAAUGCCAAGUGGUAAGUGUCGAAGCAGCAGGGAGGCCCCCAUGCAGCGUGUGUCCUGGGUGAGGGGCAGCAGCUGCAGUGGGGGGCCUGGCACUCGGCCCCUCCACCAAGUGACAGUGUGGACAUCAUAUCCCAACAGGCCCCCUUCAUGUGCCGCCAAAUCAAGAUGGGCACGAACUCUGGCAUUCUUGCCCAAAAUGCAGAACCUGACUCUACUCAUGAGAAAACAUCAGACAAACACAAAUUGGAGGCAGUCUACAGAAAAAUUGACCUGCAUGCUUCAAAAAUGAAGUUGUGAAGGCAGGCAGGCUGAGGAGCUGCUUUGCUGGAGGGGAUGAGGACACAGCAGGGGGAGCAGCAUGCGGUCCGGGCCGGUCCUGCGUGAGGACGGUUACUCUGAAGGCUCUGCGGGGACAGUCUGUGGGACCUGAGUCCUGCCUGUGGGCCUGGUGGUGACGCAUGGAUGCUGAUUUCCUGACCUUGAGCUGUUAUGAUGAGCAUGUGAUCAGCCCGAAGGAGUUCGUGCACCUGGCUGGCAAGUCUACCCUGAAGGACUGGAAGAGGGCCAUCCGCAUGAACGGCAUCAUGCUCAGGAAGAUCAUGGACUCCGGAGAGCUGGACUUCUACCAGCAUGACAAGGUUUGCUCCAACACCUGCCGCAGCACCAAGAUCGACCUCUCUGGAGCCCGUGUGUCCCUGAGCAGCCCCACGCCGGCCGAGUACAUCCCACUCACGCCCGCCACAGCCGACGUGAAUGGGUCGCCUGCUACCAUCACCAUAGAAACCUGCGAGGACCCUGGAGACUGGACCACGGCUAUCGGAGAUGACACGUUUGCCUUCUGGAGAGGCCUCAAGGAUGCCGGCCUGCUGGACGAGGUCAUACAGGGGUGCCACCAGGGGCUGGCGGACACCAUGGCAGGCCUGCAGCGGCGGGCCCAGGACCCCCCACUGCAGCUCCGAGACGCCGUGCUCCUCAAUAACAUCGUGCAGAAUUUUGGCAUGCUGGAUCUGGUGAAGAAGGUGCUGGCCAGCCACAAGUGCCAGAUGGACCGCUCCCGUGAGCAAUAUGCCCGUGACCUGGCAGGUCCCCUGCCCUGCCCUGCGCUGACGCUGUCCCUGCCUGCAGCCCUGGAGCAGCAGUGCGACGAGCAUCGCCGGCGGGCCAAGGAGCUGAAGCACAAGUCCCAGCACCUCAGCAAUGUGCUCAUGACGCUGACCCCCGUUUCCCUGCCGCCCCCCACCAAGCGGCCCCGGCUCGCCAGGGCCACCUCCGGGCCAGCCGCCAUCGCCUCACAGGUGCUCACGCAGUCUGCCCAGAUCACCCUCGGCCCUGGCGUGCCCCAGCUGACCGGCGUGCCCCUCGGCAAAGUGGUGUCUGCGCUGCCCUCCCCCGUGCUGGGCAAGGGCUCGCCCCAGGCUGCGCCCACCAACUCCCCAGCCUCGCCACUGCUCGGGGGCUACACAGUGCUGGCCUCGCCGGGCACUGCUUUCCCUAGCACGGUGGAGAUCCACCCGGACACACCCAGCCUCGCAGUCCUUAGCACAGCUGCUGUGCAGGAUGGCAGUGCCGUGGUCAAGGUGGUGAGCCCACUGCAGCUGCUCACACUGCCCAGCCUGGGCCCUGCCCUGCAGAAUGUGGCCCAGGUGGCACCUGGGGGCAGCACCAUUCUCACAGUGCCCACGGGGGCUGUUGAGAGCACCAUGGCAGCCUCAGGGCCCGAGGACCACACAGCCACCAUUGAGGUGGCCACAGUGGCGGAAGGCCAUGAGCACAAGUAGCCGCUAGCAGAGGGUGAGGCCUCUGCAGGCCCAGGGCUGGCUGCCUCUCUUGAGGUCACGGCCAGGUGGGAGCAUGGCACCGGUGCCCAGCGGGUCCUUCAGGGCUGCUGAACCAAAGAGGAAAUGCCAAAACAGGAGAGAAAAAGGGACAGAAAUGACAGCAGCCGUGAAGCCGGUCCUUGAGUUCUGAGCCUCCUCCCUUUCAUUGCUGGGAAAUAUAUUUUUUCAUCUGUUGCUUCUUAAUACUGUUUACACCUUAGGCCCAAUCAGGAGCCAGGUGGGAGAGGCUGAGAGGCCAGGCACAGCGGGUGACGUGCAGAUCCGGGGACGCCCAAGGGCGCUCAUGUGUGAGGACCUUGGUGGGCCUGAGCCGCUGAGGAGGGACGUUACUAACACAUGUCUUGGGAACCCCAAGUGUGGAACCCGUGGAUCCUAUGGAUUCGUUUCUUCCCACAGUUCUCUGUAGGGUUGGUGCAGCUUGUACCCGCUGUCCCGUCUCCAGCGGGCUUCAUGGGUGUGGCAGGUCUGCGUGGGCUCAGGUCUGGCGACGCCUGAGUACCUGAGGUUUGGGUGCACAUCCUGGGGCCACCCACCUGUGCAGAGAGGCCUGAGGAGCCGGCCUGCCCUCUUACGGGGGACGCGCCUGCCUGGCAGGUGCUCAGUGUGCAAGUCCUUGUAUGCGCCCUGGUAUUUGUAAGUGAACUGUCCAGUCAGCUUCUAGGAAGAGCUGGAUUUAUAGCAUUUUCAACGUAAAUAAUGCUGAGUGCCUAGGCUUCCCAAAUCUGAUCUGGGUUCCAGACUGUUUUGUAUGAAGUGACUGUUGGGAUGGCCCAUGGGUGGUGCGGUGCGGGGCUCUGCUGCCCCAGUCCAGGAGCAUGGCCCUCCCAGGGGAGCCCGAUGAUGGGCUUUGUCCUCCUGGGGUGAAUGUGAGCAACAGGAUGGGGGCCCAGGAGGGUCCCCACAGGGUAAGUGGAGAUGCCUCUUCAGACCUGGGGCUCCAGUCACCCCCAUGCUCAACCUUCAGGGGUCCCCUGCUGGGGACACUGGUGCCCAGUGGGCUGGGGCAAGCUAGCCCCCACUGACAUGGGAACCAGGGGACCCACGGGAAGGGCUGUCUGAGGGGUCUGAGUCUGGACUCAGGAGGAAGACCAACCAGGUGGCCACCCUGUGGGUCCCCGUGGCCACCCUGGGCCUCGUGCCGGAUCCCUGGCCUGUGGAAGACCUUCCUCUGGGCCCACAGUGGGAGGGAGCCACCCACCUCGUGCUUUGAGGGACUAGGUUCUGCCCACCCGCCCUGCCAUCAAGUGCCCCGGCCUCUGUGCAGCGGCCCAGCCCACUCGAGCUGUUGUUUUCUGUCUUCUUUCUGUUCAUCUGUGUCUGCUGCUGUUGUGGGUCAGCUGUUGAGGUGACGUUUGCGUGUUUGUGUAUAUACGCCUUGUGUAAGCUUGCCUGCACUGAGUGACGAGGCCUGUUACAGGCCGUGGGGGGUGGGCGCCCCACCAGCUCAGACCGUGUGGAAAACCACGUAUAACAGCGCACCUUGCCCUCUGAGUGGGACAUUCUCCCUCCCUUCAAAGCGCCGUCCCUGCCCCCAGAGCCGUACAAACGGAAACCACACAUGCCCCAGAAUUACCCCACCUCCCUCCACCUGGGCUGGGAGGGCCCCGCGCCCCAGCAGGGGAGGGGGUUUGCCAUCAAGGAGACCGCAGCCCAAGGGGAGGGACUGUCCUGCGGUGCCCCCCAGGGCGGGAGCUCAGGCUGUCCUGGCCGCCAGGCUUUGGUUCUGGGAAGGCACCACCGGCUCAGAGACAGCCCGGGGAAGCGGGGCAUCUGAGUGAUACUUUGUAUGUGGUUUUGCAAGUAUCUGCUUGGUACUUUGAUUUAAAAUAAAACGUUUUUCAUAA